AUCUGAGUAGAAUAAACCUUUUAAUUUGGUGUCAGGUGCAUAGUUUUAAAUAUCCCGCUAUAGCUUUUUGAGGCAGAGUGCCGCUAUUUGUGUUCAUGUAUAAUUUAGCCGCUAUAUUCCGCUAUAGCCCGAUUUAGCUCCGCUAUUAGCUGUUUUAGACAUGAACCGCUAAACGUCUUAGCUCGCUAUUUAAAACAUUGUCAGGUGAUAUCAAAUCAGGGUGCUGCCGCACCAUUUCAUCUGCACUGUCAUCUCAUCUCAUCUCAUUUCUCAUCUAGAGUGGUGUGGCCAUGGACACCCAAGACCAAGAAGCUCUCCACAUCGUCGUGUUCCCAUGGCUGGCGUUCGGUCACAUGAUCCCAUUCCUGGAUCUCUCCAAGCGGCUGGCGCGGCGCGGCCACGCCGUCACCUUCGUCUCCACGCCGAGGAACGCUGCCAGGCUAGGCGCAGUCCCGCCGGAGCUCGCAGCGCGUCUACGCGUCGUCAAGCUUGACCUGCCUGCCGUCGAGGGCCUCCCGGACGGAGCCGAGUCGACGGCCGACGUCCCGCCGGAGAAGGUCGAGCUCCUCAAGAAGGCGUUCGACGGUCUCGCCGCGCCGUUCGAGCGCCUUGUCACCAAGGGCUGUGCCACCGCCGCCGCCGGCGACUCCGAGGUGGCCGCGUUCUCGAAGAAGCCCGACUGGAUCAUCCUCGACUUCGCUCAAAACUGGAUUUGGCCAAUCGCUCAAGAACACAAGAUCCCGUGCGCCAUGUUCCUCAUCUUCACAGCAGGCUUCUUGGCCUUCGCCGGCUCGAAGCAGCAGAACGAGGCGCAGCCACGCACGACGACGGAGGACUUCAUGGUCCAGCCGCCGUGGAUACCGUUCCCGACCACCAUGUCCUUCCGCCGCCACGAGGCGGAGUGGAUCGCCGCCGCGUACCGGCCCAACGCCUCCGGCGUGUCCGACGUGGACCGCUUCUGGCAGGUGCAUCACCCGAGCUGCCGCCUCAUCGUCAUCCGCAGCUGCCCCGAGGCGGAGCCGCGUCUGUUCCCGCUCCUAACAGACAUCUUCGCCAAGCCCGCCGUGCCCGCGAGCCUCCUCCUGCCCGACGACGAGGAAGACGCCCGGGGCGGUGACGACGGGCGGUCCUUCUCUGACGCCAUGCGGUGGCUGGACGAGCAGCCGCAGCGGUCGGUCAUCUACGUGGCGCUCGGGAGCGAGGCGCCGGUGACGGCGGACCAGGUGCGGGAGCUGGCGUUCGGGCUGGAGCUCUCCGGCGCGCGCUUCCUCUGGGCGGUCCGGCGGCCCGUCGGCCACUCCGGCGAGCUGCUGCCGGACGGUUUCGAGGCCCGCGUGGCGGGGCGCGGGGUGGUGCGCGCCGGGUGGGUGCCGCAGGUGCGCGUGCUGGCGCACGCCGCGGUGGGCGCGUUCCUGACGCACUGCGGCUGGGGCUCCACCGUGGAGAGCCUCUUCCGGUUCGGCCUCCCGCUGGUGAUGCUGCCGUUCAUAACGGACCAGGGCCUCAUCGCGCGAGCCAUGGCCGCCAGAGGGGUCGGCGUCGAGGUGCCGAGGGACGACGCUGACGGAUCGUUCCGCAGGGACGACGUCGCGGCGGCGGUGCGGCGUGUGAUGGCGGAGGAUGAGGGCGAGGAGCUCGCGCGCAAUGCCAGGGAGAUGCAGAAGGUGGUCGGCGACAGGGCAAAGCAAGAGCAGUACGUGGAUGAGCUUGUGGACUAUUUGCAGCGUUACAAAUAAGAUUUAUUCAGGCAUUUCAGUGUUAAUGUUGCAUGGAUAAUGUUGUCUCUGAGAAUUUGGUUCUUGUAUCAUUCAGUGUAAAUUGGAGAACAUUUGUUCUGGAAUAUUUGCUCCCUUUCUUGAAAGCCAUUUGUUUUA